AUGCUUGGGAGCAGCUUCGAAGAAACUUCUGUGGCGGGCUCAUCGGACGACGAAUGGGUUUCUGACCUUCGUGAACGAGCCGAUGCCGACUUCUCGCUAGGCAAAAGAUAUUGCGAUUAUUACCUUUUCAAGAACAUCGUUAAGGAAUCUUCGGGCAACGAACCUACGGCAAUGCUUGAGUCCCUGUUGCAUGAAAGGCUGCAAAAUCUUCAGCUCGAGCAGAACAUCAAGUUUCUCCAGGACCAGCUUCCCCAACAAUUCUGGCGCGACACCCAUACAAAGUUCGAAGACUUGAUGAUCCUCACCGGCCGCGUCCAGCGAAUGGGAAACGCGCAAAACAAGGAUCACAUCAGAAAGAUUUUGACUCGCACUGGGGAUGCCCCCCCUUUCGGAGUGCGGCCGGGGGUUUCAAUCAGUCCCGAGCCUCCCACGCAGUCUCCCACUCCGUCUCCAAAGGUUGCCUCUCCUUCGAUGACGAAAGUGACGGCACGAAGUUAUCAAGUUUUAGCCCCACAAAGGCUCACGAACCGCGGAAGCGCAUCUCCAAUGCAUGUGAUCAAGCUGAAAGAAUAUGGCGAUGCUAUCGGCGAGUCCCCGAAAUAUGAUCAUUUCACCGUUACUGGUAGUCCCCCAACGACGCACAUGACCGUCCAUUUCGGCGGACACAGGCUUGAAACUAUAGGAAGAUCGAUAAAGGACGCGAAACAGCAGCUGGCAAUGCUACUUUGCGCAGAACUCGAUCUGCAUGUCCCGUAG